AUGAUAGACGAUGGCGUUGAUUUCGAUACCGAAAAUGCCGAUAGUCAAGCUGCUACUGAGUUGUCAGAUCAACCCCCCUCGGACGAUCGGUUUGCUGGUCAGCGCCGAGUUUUUGAAGACAUGGGUGCAGAGGCUCUGGAUCAUGCCAUGAAGGGCUACAACGUCUGUGUCUUCGCGUACGGACAGACCGGCUCUGGGAAAUCCUACACAAUGAUGGGUAAACCGGGUGAUCCAGAUCACGAGGGCUUGUCUCCACGACUGUGUCGUGAACUCUUUCAGCGCUUGGAGGCCGUGAAGAGGACGAAGUCCAACGACUUUCAAUAUCUUGUGGAGGUAGAACCCGAAAGAAUUGAAAAUUAUGUUUUUCCCUUCCAGGUAUCCUAUAUGGAGAUAUACUGUGAACGAGUUCGUGAUCUACUCAACUCCAACCAAAAGGGUAAUCUGCGCGUCAGGGAACACCCGCUUCUGGGUCCCUACGUUGAGGACCUCUCGAAGUGUGCAGUUCGAUCCUUUGAGGAAGUAAAUGAUCUGAUGGAUGCCGGUAAUAAAUCAAGGUCAGAAGCAGCUCAGUUUUCUUUACUUUUGCUUAUGCACUUUGCGGUCGACGCUCAUAAACACUAG